AUGUCCGACGAGUUGGCUUCUACCCAAUUGAUAGACGAGGAUGAAGGUGCCUCCUCUUUAAGAGUCAUUAAGGAUUUAUUUGCAGGCACCUGUGGUGGUGUUGCCCAAGUGUUAGUUGGCCAACCAUUUGAUACAACAAAAGUUAGAUUACAAACAUCUACUGAUCCCAACAUAAACGCUAUAAGAGUUGUAAAAGAAUUGAUUAAAAAUGAAGGGCCUCUAGCCUUUUAUAAGGGUACUUUAACACCGUUACUUGGCAUUGGUGUUUGUGUUUCUGUCCAAUUUGGUGCCAAUGAAGCCAUGAAAAGAUUGUUUCAUAAACUCAAUAGAGAUAAAAUAAAUUCACAUCUAACAUUAUGGCAAUAUUAUUGUUGCGGUACUGUAGGUGGUGUUUCCAAUGCUUUCAUUGCUUCUCCAAUUGAACAUGUGAGAAUUAGAUUACAAAUUGAUAAAACUGGCGAGUUUCAUGGCCCACUACAUGUUAUUAAAACAUUGAGAAAACACAAGAGUCUUUUAAGGGGCCUGCUUCCAACAAUGCUUAGAGAUGGGCAUGGGUGUGGUAUCUAUUUUCUAGUUUAUGAGGCUUUAAUGACAAGAGAAAUGAAAAUUCACAAUAUUGAACGUUCGCAAAUUGCGUCUUGGAAAUUAUGUUCCUUUGGUGGGUUAUCUGGUUGUCUAUUGUGGUGCAUGGUUUAUCCAAUUGAUGUUGUUAAGAGCAUCAUUCAAACUAGUGAUCUAAGAAACAAAAAUAUUAAAAUGACAACCGUCUUCUCCAACCUUUACAAAGAAGUUGGUUGGAAAGGUUUAUUUAAAGGUUUUGGGCCCACUAUUAUUAGGGCCGCCCCGGCAAAUGCUGCUACUUUUGCUACCUUUGAGGCAGCAAUAAGAAUGAUGGGUUGA